CUGGCAGCGCUGUGACGUAUUGAGAAAGUGCAGCCUGCGAACACGUGUGUUUGCUCAAUGGAGUCGCUUAUUGAUGACGUACUCAGCAUGGCUGCAUCCAUCAAAGUCGCCUGGUUAUGAAAGAGACGUGAUUUGACAGUUGUCACGCUUUACUUCCUUUUGCUUAUAACAUAAGUGGAGAUUUAUUUUUCAGUAUACCGGAUGGGUUACACACAGCGGAGUUUUUUUUUUUUUUUUUUAAUCGUUUAAAUUCGUCGAUUUAUUUGCACAUCGUCCAAACGUCUAUCGUGAUCUGUGAAAACUGAUGCUGCUUACCAGACCCUCCCGUGUCCAAGCCAUGUGUCGGCACUUGUUGACCAUAGGAGUGGACCAGUGUCUAACUGGUCAGCUGCUGGUCCCUUAUGCAGUGACGAGCUGGAGACACGUGGCUUCAGUUCCACCUGGGGAGAGCCGUCAAAGGGGCAAUGACAAAGGGACUCCCCAGAACUCAGAGACAGUACUGCAGGAGCCCAGUGCCCAGCCAGAGGAUGGUCUGCAGGGGGGGAGGAGGAGGAGGGCGUGGGAGAGAUCCCUGUCUCCCCUGGAGAGAAUUAGCCGGCUCCUGCCCCAGGACUCCCUGACAGAGGAUGUUCUGCAUCUCCGGGUGAUACCACAGGAGGAGCAGAGCGUUCAGGAGGGUUCCCUAACUCCAGAGGCUCCUGCUACCAAACCUACAGGAUCCUUUGAUUCCUCUGAGCCGUGGAGUGCUCCCAGCAGUGCCCCCUCACCCCGGGAGGUGCCCUUCAAGCCAGGGGACCUGGUCCUGGCAGAGUUCCGCAAGAAACACCGCGUAGAGUUCAGUAAGAUGUUCAGCCUGAGCUCAGAGGGGAAGCUGGAGAGUAACUGGGGGUUGGUCCAUCACCGGGACAUCGUGGGCAGGCUGCCCGGCCAGGUGCUCCGGACCUCCACCGGCUUCAAAUUCCUGAUGAGACGCCCCGCGCUGGACGAGUUUGUGCUGCUGAUGAAGAGGGGGCCCACAAUCUCAUACCCCAAGGAUGUGAACGCCAUGCUGAUGAUGAUGGAUGUCAGUGAGGGAGACUGGGUGCUGGAGACGGGUUCGGGGUCUGGAGCCAUGACACUCUUCCUGUCCAGAGCAGUGGGCUCGAGGGGGCGCGUGGUCAGUUUCGAGGUCCGCUCGGACCACCACGGCAGGGCAGUGAGAAACUUCCAGCGCUGGCGGUCGGCCUGGGAGGUGGCUCAUGGGGAGGAGUGGCCUGACAACGUGGCCUUCAUCAACAAGGACGUGAGCAGCGCAGCCUCUGACAUCUCAGAACUCACCUUCGACUCGGUAGCUCUUGACAUGCUCAACCCCCAGGUGGCCCUGCCUGUGGUGCACCGGCACCUCAAACACGGAGCAGUGUGCGCUGUGUACCUGGCAAAUAUAACUCAGGUGGUGGACCUUCUGGAAGGGGUGCGACUCUAUCAGCUACCCUUCUUCUGUGAGAAGGUGACCGAGGUGAUGCACAGACACUGGCUGGUGACCCCAGCUCUAAAGAAGGACGGGAGCAACGCACCCAGGGUACCGCCAGCAGGGGUUAGUCAAGAGGGGGAGCCAGGGAGCAAUGGUCAGGAACAGCCAGAGGACCCCAGUGACCAGGAGGAAGGACUGUUGGAAACGAAGGUGAGCAGACCCAUUGGAACGGUGCCUUAUGUUGCCCGUCCUCAUCACGGGCACGGCAGCCACACAGCUUUCCUGGUCAAGCUGAGGAAAUUCCUGCCUGCGUAGCAAUAUCUCCUCCACAGACGUGACAAAAAUGAUGGUCAAUAAUAAUGAUGCAGAAUGGUCCGUUUGUUAAAUUUAUUGUAUAUUUCUUGUAUUAAUAAAUAUGUAAUAUUUUUAAA